CAAAGAAAGAACCUAGCUUUUUCCUCUUCCUCCAUCUCCAUGGGCGAGCAAUCCCUCUCCCAGCCCCAUCCCCAGCCCCUCUCCCCGUCGCCCCCCGCCUCCGCCGCCUCCACGCCCGCUCUCUCCGCAUCCACCACCCUCGCCGCCGCCUCCGCCUCCGCCUCCCGCCCCAAGAAGAAGCAGCGCUCGUCCGACUCCAACGCGUCCAAGAAGCCCCGCCUGGCGCUGUCCGUCCGGGGCCGGCCCCUGUCGGCGGACGGCGAGGUGGCCGCGGCCAUCCGGUACCUGCGCGCGGCCGACCCGUCCCUCGCCGCCGUCAUCGACGCGCACGAGCCCCCGGCGUUCCACUGCCCGCACCGCCCCUUCCACUCGCUCGUCCGAUCCAUCCUCUACCAGCAGCUCGCCUUCAAGGCCGCCGCCUCCGUCUACUCACGCUUCGUCGCGCUCCUCGGCGGCGAGCCCGGCGUGCUCCCCGACGCCGUCCUCGCGCUCUCCGCCGACCAGCUCCGCCACAUCGGGGUCUCCCCGCGCAAGGCCUCCUACCUCCACGACCUCGCCCGCAAGUACGCCACCGGGAUCCUCUCCGACGCCUCCAUCGUCGCCAUGGACGACCGCUCCCUCGCCUCCAUGCUCACCAUGGUCAGCGGCAUCGGCACCUGGAGCGUCCACAUGUUCAUGAUCUUCUCCCUCGCACGCCCGGACGUGCUACCCUCCGCGGACCUCGGGGUCAGGAAGGGCGUGCAGAUGCUCUAUGGGCUGGACGACGUGCCCCGACCGUCGCAGAUGGAGAAGCUCUGCGAACAGUGGCGCCCCUACCGCUCCGUCGCGGCGUGGUACAUGUGGCGUCUCAUGGAGGCCAAGAACACCACCAUGCCUCCUCUCAUCACGCCGGCACUGCCUGCGCCCGGUCAGGCCUUCACGCUCCAGCAACAACAACAACACGAGCAACAACAACCAGCUCCCAUCCAAAUCAUCGAUCCGGGUCAGAUGCUUCCAGGAUUGGGGUGAAUUCGCUACUAUGUCAAUCCUGCUCAUUACUUCUUCAUCUUAGAUGGAUGCUUGCAAUCUGAAUCUUUCGCUCCAUUCGUGUACCAUCAUUCUCUAUAGCCCAACAAGUGUAGCACUUGAAAUAUCUGGGGGGCAAUUUCUUAUUCAAUCUGGGUGUUCCUUCUUCUCUAAAAACCAUUGUUAGUAGUACCCAAGAGUCUUCCUAGCAUGCCUCUAGUUUAUCUGCAAGAAUAAUACAUUUAGAGCCUGUUCUAUUCUAAGGGCAUGUUACCUGUACCCCCAUCUUGAUUAUACUUCAUGAAAUGUUAUUGGUUGUUUGCAUAA